ACGGCGCUAAAGAGGCUGGCUAAGGUCCCGGAAGGCUAGUUAAAGAGCCAAAUCAGGGUUGCAAAUGUUUAUUAGCCGGCUUUCCUCAAGAGUUGCUCUAAAUUUCGCUUCUAUAAAGGGCCAUUCAAGACCAUUCUGUACGAUGGUUGAUGCGAAACUGGAGGCCGUACCGGUGGUAGCCAUCGACGAAGGAAUCUUCAAGUACGUGCUGAUCAAGGUGUACGCCAAGGAACAAGCGGAUGGAACCGAGCCAAGCAAAUUGAUCGUCCGUGGAUUUAAUCGCGCACAAUGGCAUUCAGACAUUUACGAUGAGGUGAGCGCUUCGUUGAUGGGAUUAGGUUUGGAAACCGAGUGUCUCGGUGGUGGACGGAUCGAGAAUCGACCCGAUUUGAAACAGAUCAAGGUUUACGGAUACUCGCAAGGUUACGGCAAGGCAGAUCACCUAGAGACGCGUCGUUUGCUGUUGACGAAAUACAAAGAUUUCAGCAUUAAUUGUUCUGAUGAGGGAUACUAGAGAUGAGCCGGAUCGGAGAGUCUAUCGUCGGUUUUCAGGAAAAUAAAGAAGAGCUUAUUCGAAAAGCCAA